GUAUUGGGCCAGAUUGCAGGGCUGAGUCAUGGAAGACAAAGAUUCAACGUUAUCUAACGGCGCAAAUGAAAAAGGCGUAAACAUUCCUGGUUUGUCCGCUGGUAAGUGUAGUCAUAUUUUUACAUAUCAGACCAUGCCUACAGUUUCAGUUUCUUUUUAGGGUAAUUAGGAGGCACAAUAGUAUUUUGGGAGCCGAGGAACAGCUGAGGAUUUCUGGUUGAGCGUCCAAUCUUCUGGGGUGGUUAGAAAGCCCGCCACAUACUUGUCCUUUCAUGUUUUGGUUUGGUGUGGCUGGCUUAAAAUAUUCGGAAAAUCUCGCUUGCCAGUGUUAACAAUUUGCUGUAAUUUACUUAGUUCACAGUUUUCGCUGCUCGUUGUACACUCGUGAUCGCAUUUAAUCAACGCCCGUACACAGUUACAACGUGCGCAAGGAUUCCGUAAAGUUAUGAGCCAAGCUAACACUUUUGGCGGGAAUCAUUCGGACGAGGAAGAUGAUAACGAUGAGUACUUGUACGGUGGCCGUUCGGCGAAAAUAUUAGCUAUCGAUUGUGCGCAACCAAUGUUCGAGGAUGGCGUGGACGGCAAGUUUAAGGAAGCGCUCGAUAUCGCGGAUGCGCUGAUGCGAAACAUGGUAACCAACAGCGAGAAGGAUCUGGUAGCGCUGGUCCUGUACAACGUUCAGCACAAUCGAACACCACCGGAAGACGCGGAUGAUGGCGAGCAAUCUUCAUCCGGAAUCGUUGCUCCUCGGCAGUGUGCGAUCUUUUUCCAUCUCAACACCGUGUCUGUGGAGAUGAUCAAAGCGGUACGUCGUUUGCGAGAUUCGGACGACUUCGAGGGGUUUGACCACAAAUACGGCCACUCGUCGGGAACGAGCCUAGCGAACGUGCUGUGGCUGUGCAUCCGCAUGUUCUCGCACUGUGGAUACAAGCUGGAGCAUUCGACGAUUUUCCUGUUCACCAUGAACGAUCUGCCACACACCAACAACAGCAGCGAGCACCAGCAAUCGCUCACGAAGGCGAGAGAUCUGCUGCAAAAGGACAUCACCAUCAUGCUGCUACCGAUGGUGGAGUCGUUCGAUUGCAGCAAAUUCUAUACCGAGUUUCUCUGCACAGCCCUGGGCGAGGACGAAGAGGACUUCCAUCCACCCGCCUACCAGGAAUGCAAAGAACAGCUGCUGCAAAGGAUGUUUACGAAAGACUUCAAAAAGCGUUCCCUUGCGCACUUGAAGUGGUACCUGUCGGAGGAUAUCGCCCUCGCAGUUAACAUCUAUUCAUUCAUAAGAAAGCCACGAUUUCCGAAGAAAGUGAAACUACUGCGCUCUACCAAUGAGAUAGUAGAAUCGAAGCGAGUACAUGUAGCGACAAGUUCUCUCGAUGACGGUGAACCCGAUACUAGCACUUGCACCACUCUGCUACCUGGAGAUCAGAGAAAAUGUAUUACACUCGGUGGUGAAUCGAUAUCGUUCCGACCGGAAGAGAUGAAUCUCAUGAAGCAAAUCCUAACUCCGGGUAUUCGGUUGCUGGGUUUUAAACCGGCUUCAACCGUUACGAUCACUAAUCACGUACGGAGCAGUCUGUUCGUGUACCCGGAUGAGUCGCACAUUCACGGCUCAACCGUUUUGCUUCGAGCGCUCUAUGAGAAGUGUCUAGAAAGGAACCAAGUGGCUUAUUGCAUCCUAACGGUGCGACGGAAGCAACCUUCCAAGCUCGUCGCACUAGUAGCUCAGGAGGAAAAGCUCGACACUAAUGGCGAACGAUAUCGUCAGCCCGGAUUUCGGGUCGAGUUUAUUCCGUACGCGGCGGACAUUCGUGAUUUAGCCUUUUUGGAUGGGACAGAACCACCGACGACAUCGUCGGAACAGGUUGAUGUGUUUAAGAAGGUGAUAAAAAAGAUAAAAUUCAAGUAUAAUCCAUUUCUCUUUGAAAAUCCGUCGUCACAAAACCUGUACAUCAACCUGGAGUCGUUGGUGUUUGAUAUUGAUAAUGCCGAGUUUUUCGAUUCCACGCGACCAGAUAAUGAUAUGAUUGACCGAAAGUUAGACGCCCUUGCCGGCGAGAUAAGCAGCAUGUUUAAUGAGGACGUAACGCGAGCACCGGCGAAGCGUGGCCGCAAAGCCGGCAACGGUGACGGAAACGAUGAUGAAAGUGGUUCGAUAUCAAAAAGUGCCCGAACUUCUCGCUCCUCACAAUAAACUGAGCAGAAAUCGCCUGCCGGUGAAACGGAAAACAGUGACCACAUUGAGGUAGUUCAUCCAAAGCGUAGAUUGAGAAUCAAAAUCCCCCCUUUUCUUCGAAUGUGCUGGUAGAUAUUAAUUUGUAAAAAGGUAUAGUGAUGAACUUUAUUUAAUAUGCAUUAUGAUCUAUUACCUUA